UGAUUUUGUGCACUUUUCUGAAUGCAAGCCGGGCAGACACCACCAGGAGAGGGCUAUGUCGGUCUUGCAACGCCUAUUGAAGCCAAUAUUUGGGCGUCCAUGGAAACCUCUCGCAUUUCCCAAAUCCGGUGUCCCUGCCAUCCCUUUGGAUAGCAAAAUAGAGGAAGAGACGCUACCCGACUAUGUUGCAUCAAAUUUCUAUCCUGCCAGCAUCGGAGAGAUACUCCAGGACCGGUACCAAAUUGUUGGCAAGCUGGGCUUUGGAGGCACGUCGACUGUCUGGCUCGCCCGCGAUCUCGAUGAACAUAAGCAUGUAGCUGUGAAGUUCUACAUUCAGUCCGAUUGCAUGGGCGCUCAACUCGAUACCGAACUCGACGUCUACAAGCGCAUCGAGAAUGCCCCUAAGACCCACCCCGGCCGGACAGCCGUUCGUACGCUUUUGGAUUCGUUCAGAGUCGAGGGGCCAGCGGGGCUCCAUCAUUGCUUCGUGCAUUCUGCUCUUUGGGAAAGUGUGCUCGACCUCCAACAUCGAAAUCCUACCGAACGAAUACCGGUCCCGGUGGUUGCCUUGGUCUUGAAGCGUCUCUUCCACGCCCUCGAUCUAUUGCACAGCGAAUGUCGCGUUGCACACACGGAUAUAAAGGAGGCCAACAUACUCUUAGGAGGCGACAGUGCCGUGUUCCAAGAAUUCGAAAACCAGCAAUUAACGGAUCCUUGCCCGCGAAAAGAACUACCUGACCGCACCAUUUAUGUAUCUCGAGAGCUGGGUAUGCCUCGCGAUAUCGGUGAGCCUGUCUUGUGCGACUUCGGUUCUGCCACAGCGCUCGACGACGGAAUUGAGCAUCGGGAGGAUAUCCAGCCUAAUAUCUACCGAGCGCCUGAAGUCAUUCUGGAUAUUCCAUGGACAUACAGUGUAGAUAUCUGGAACGCUGGCUGCGUGGUUUGGGACAUUUCUCAGGGUGAAAGUCUAUUCAGUGGCAAAGAUCCCGAACUCGGAACAUAUCGUGGACGUGCCCAUCUCGCUGAAAUGAUCGCACUGCUCGGCCCUCCGCCGGAAUCUCUCCUCGCGCGCGCAGGUCUGAAAAGCAAAUUCUUCUCCGACUCUGGCCAAUGGACUGCGGGUAUUCCGAUACCUCAAUCGAGGCCGAUCGAGUCAAGAGAGACGUCUCUUGCUGAAGGCGGUGAUGCAGAGGAUAGAGAGGCUUUUCUGUGUCUCAUGCGGAAGAUGUUACAGUGGGAACCUACAAAGCGAUCCACAGCACGGGAGCUUGCAGAAGAUGAGUGGAUACUGAAGCAUACUGCGUGAAUUCGACCGACGCAGUGCCCUUGAAGGUGGCAACUUUCCAGGGCUAGGCAUUUAUGGCAUUAUUGUGGUCGUCACGGCUUGAGCUCCUGCCAGGCCAAGCUACGAUGACUCGCUCAGAAAGAGAUAACCGCUGGAGGAGUACAGCUGUCUUCAGCGCACAACGAACCAAGAAAGUCCGGGCUUGGUCGACAGUUCGCAAGGUCGGGCAUGCCAUCUCACGGGCAGUGGUAUUUGCUGGAUCGGCCAUGAUACGCCUGUAAAAUCUGUGCAUCAAUGGCACAACACGCUUUCGAAAGCGAUGAAGCAUGGGCGGGCAACUUUCAGCGUACGGCACAUAUUACUGUCAUCAUUAUGUCCACG